CGCCCCUCCAACGGGUGGAGGCCUCCCUAGUCUGGGGAGAGUGGCAGAGUGUUGCCGGGCGUCCAGGGACCGUGUUGGGAGGCAACUAAGGCGUCGCACGCGCCAAAAGCCAGAAAAAGGGGCUUCCGGGAACCCGGGCGCCUCGAAGUCCUCUGCGGGGCGAAGCCGCACCUGAGCUCGCGGGCCUGCAGUGCGCGUGCGCGGCCGUGGGCUUUCCCGCACCUGCUCGCGAGACCCUCAACGGCCGGCGGCUCGACGACUGGCGCGCGGCGCGGGCAGCAGGUUAUGGCGCAGCUAUGUGAGCCGCGGCGGGGCCGGGCGCUUCUCGCCCUGUUAGCCUCGCUGCUUCUCUCCGGGGCCCAGGCGGCCAGCAGAGACCUAGACGUCCACGAGUCUUGUGGAGUUUCGAAGGUAGUGGGGAAAUGCCGGGCUUCCAUCCCCAGGUGGUGGUACAAUGUCACUGAUGGGACCUGCCAGCCCUUUGUUUAUGGAGGCUGUGAGGGAAAUGGUAACAACUAUCCAAGCAAGGAGGAGUGUCUUGACAAGUGUGCUGGUAUCACUGAGAACACCAUUGAUGGUCUGGCCAGGAGCAGUGAUGGCGCUUCUGCCCUGAGCGUUCCCAGAAAGCAGGAUUCUGCGGACCUCGCUGGUGAGAUCUUCAACUAUGAAGAAUACUGUGUCCCAAAGGCGGUCACUGGGCCUUGCCGCGCAGCCUUCCCUCGCUGGUACUAUGAUGUUGAAAAGAAUUCCUGUAGCAGCUUCAUCUAUGGCGGGUGCAGAGGCAACAAGAACAGUUACCUCUCCCAGGAAGCGUGCAUGCAGCACUGCUCUGGGAAGCAGAUGUAUCCUUUCCUGACCCCGGGCACAAAAGCGGUGAUCCUGGUGGGGCUGUUCAUCAUGGUCCUGAUCCUCCUCCUGGGAUCCUCCAUGGUGUUCCUGAUCCGAAUGGUUCGCAGAAAGCAGGAGCGUGCUCUCCGCACUGUUUGGAGCACUGCGGAUGACAAGGAGCAGCUGGUGAAGAAUACCUGUGUCUUGUAGAGGCCCCAGUUCUCAGAGAGCCUGGGGGACACCAUGACAGAGCAACGCUUGUGCCUGAGAUCAUUAGGGAGUUUGGUCUUUGUUUCCCAGCCUGUGGGCUGCGUAGAGCCUCUUCCUGACCUCCCUCCCCACAGCCCUCUGCCCUUCCCCACCUAUCGCCUCCUUCAGCGUCACUAGGAGCCCCAUUCCUGUAGUCUUAACUGUUUGCUUGAUUUAUAUGUCUGUUUUUUAGUAGAUAAAGGUUUUUUAAAAAUCAGGAUUCUGAAAGAAAGAAUGUGUUUAAUAAAGUGGGCCUUUUAAAUUAAAA